AUGUCUCAAAUCGAGCGCAUCACAGAAUCCCUGGAGAAGCCAGAAUUGGACGAUCGUUCUUACCGAGUGAUUCGUUUACCUAAUAAGCUAGAGGCUCUCUUGGUGCACGAUCCGGAUACAGACAAAGCUAGUGCUGCUGUCAACGUGAAUGUUGGCAACUUCUCCGAUGAAGGUGAUAUGCCAGGGAUGGCUCAUGCGGUAGAGCAUCUCCUGUUCAUGGGAACGAAGAAGUACCCCAAAGAGAACGCUUACAACCAAUACCUUGCCUCCCACUCCGGUUCCUCCAACGCCUACACAGCCGCUACCGAAACAAAUUACUAUUUCGAAGUAUCGGCUACCGGUGACUCGAGCGAGCCCAAGUCUAAUGGACAGAACACUCCCACUGAAUCCGCCAAUGGAACAAAUGGCACAGUCAGUGAUGUUUCUGCCAACACAAAUGGAGAUGCUACAUCCAAAUCUCCCUUAUAUGGAGCUUUGGAUCGAUUCGCACAGUUCUUCGUAUCACCACUUUUCCUCGAGUCGACAUUAGAUCGCGAGUUGCAGGCGGUGGACUCCGAAAACAAAAAGAACCUCCAGAGUGAUCUUUGGCGGUUGAUGCAGCUGAACAAGUCGCUAUCAAACCCCAAUCAUCCUUAUCACCACUUCUCCACGGGUAACUUGCAGACUCUGAAAGAGGACCCGCAGAAACGCGGGCUAGAGAUUCGGAGCGAGUUCAUUCGAUUUUAUGAGAAGCACUACUCGGCGAACAGGGCGAAGUUAGUCGUUCUGGGUCGGGAGAACUUGGACACAUUAGAGCAGUGGGUCGGUGAAUUGUUCGCAGAUGUUGAGAACAAGGAUCUGGCCCAGAACCGCUGGGACGAUGUGCAGCCAUUCUCCGAAGAAGACAUGUGUACGCAGGUAUUUGCAAAGCCUGUUAUGGAUUCACGCUCUAUGGAUAUGUACUUCCCAUUUGUGGAUGAAGAGAACAUGAAUGAGACUCAACCAAGUCGGUAUAUUAGUCACCUGAUUGGCCAUGAAGGUCCCGGAAGUGUUCUAUCUUACUUGAAAGCCAAGGGUUGGGCCAACGGCCUCUCUGCGGGUGCUAUGCCUAUUUGCCCCGGCUCGGCCUUUUUCACCAUCUCAGUGCGUCUGACACCGGAGGGCUUGAAUCAGUAUCAAGAGAUUGUCAAGGUCAUUUUUGAGUAUAUUGCUAUGAUCAAGGAGCGUGAGCCAGAGCAAUGGAUCUUCGAUGAAAUGAAGAACCUGUCUCACGUGGACUUCCGAUUCAAGCAGAAGACUCCGGCUAGUCGCUUCACCAGCCGUCUGAGCAGCGUAAUGCAGAAGUCGUUACCUCGCGAAUGGCUGCUUAGCGGAUCGCUUCUGCGCCGCUUCGAUCCUAAGCUAAUUAAGGAUGCCAUGUCUUACCUCCGAGCUGACAACUUUCGCCUUAUCAUUGUCUCCCAAGAGUACCCCGGGCAGUGGGACCAGAAAGAGAAGUGGUACGGUACCGAGCACAAGGUUGAGAAAAUCCCCAAGGAUUUCUUAGCUGGUAUCCAGAAGGCUCUGGAUUCCACUGAAUCAACCCGUACUUCCGAUGUGCAUAUGCCACACAAGAACGAGUUUGUGCCGACUCGCCUUUCAGUGGAGAAGAAAGAGGUUGAAGAACCAGCAAAAACACCCAAACUCAUUCGUCACGAUGAUCGGGUCCGCUUAUGGUUCAAGAAGGAUGACCGCUUCUGGGUUCCAAAGGCGACUUUCCAUGUCACUCUGCGCAACCCGCUGGUCUGGGCCACACCUGCUAACCUCAUCAAGACCAAGCUCUACAGUGAGCUAGUGCGGGACUCCCUGGACGAGUACUCGUACGAUGCCGAGCUUGCUGGAUUGGAUUACCACCUCGCAGCAAACAUCUUGGGACUGGACAUCUCUGUCGGUGGCUACAAUGACAAGAUGUCUGUGCUAUUGGACAAGGUCCUGGUGACAAUGCGCGAUCUUGUCGUUAACCAGGAUCGAUUUAAUAUCAUCAAGGAGCGUCUCACCCGUGCAUUCCGCAAUGCUGAAUACCAGCAGCCUUACUACCAGGUCGGUGAUUACACUCGCUACCUGCUCUCCGAGCGUAGCUGGAUCAAUGAGCAGUAUAUUGAGGAGCUGGAGCACAUACAAGCUGAAGACAUUGUCAACUUCUUCCCUCAACUGCUGGAGCAAACUCACAUCGAGGCGUUGGCUCAUGGAAACCUGUACAAGGAAGAUGCGCUUCGUAUGACGAAAUCUGUUGAGGAUACCUUGAAGGGACGUGCUUUGCCUCCAUCGCAGUGGUACUUGCGCCGCAACAUGGUGUUGGCCCCUGGUACCAACUACACCUACCCACGCUCACUGAAGGACCCCGCAAACGUGAACCACUGUAUUGAGUACUAUCUUUACAUUGGACUUUUCUCCGACGACACUCUCAGAUCCAAGCUCCAGCUCUUCUCCCAGAUGACCGACGAACCUGCCUUCGACCAACUUCGCAGCAAGGAGCAACUUGGGUACGUGGUUUGGAGUGGUUCCCGCUACAACGCGACAACUAUGGGUUACCGUGUCAUCAUUCAGAGUGAGCGCACCGCCAAGUACCUUGAAUCCCGUAUCGAGAACUUCCUCCGCGAGUUCGGCCCAAUCCUUGAGAACAUGCCUGAUGAGGAAUUCGAAGGACACAAGCGUAGUGUGAUUAACAAGCGAUUGGAGAAACUCAAGAACCUGGGCUCCGAGACCGGUCGAUACUGGUCCCACGUUGGAUCGGAGUACUUCGAUUUCCUACAACAUGAGACCGACGCGGCGAACGUGCGCACCUUGAGCAAAGCAGACCUGAUUGCCUUUUACCAACAGUACAUUGCUCCUGAAUCGAGCACUCGAGCCAAGCUCGCCAUUCACCUGAAUGCCCAAAGUGGCUUCCCUGCCGGCGACAUCGGCGCCAAAGACCAACGCGUCCCCGUUGUUGAAAUUGUCAAUAAGCAGUUGUCUGCAGCAGGAUUCGCCGUCGAUGAUACUCGACUGGCAACAGCGUUCGAAGAGCUCGACAUGUCGCUGGUCGAUCACGCACAAAUCGUCUACAUUGUGAAGGGCUUCUUGGCAACUGAGCUCAGCUUGUCUCCCGAACAGAUCAGGCCCGUGGUCGAGAAACUUGACCGUGAAAUCGGUAUUGAGUUGAAGCAGCUGGGACUACAGCCCGAGGUCAACGGCACAAAGACCAAUGGUACUUCCAAGUUCAAACAAGAGGCCAUUGAGAUUACUGAUGUACCUAGCUUCAAGGCCCGCCUGCCUGUCAGCACUGGUCCUGUCGCUGUUUCUGAUCUUACUGAGUUUGAAGAAUUUGAUGCCAAGCUGUGA